AUGCAGAAAAAUGUUAACAUUAACAAAGGGUCUCCUGGUGAGGUCCACCAUCUCCCCUCCUUUCCCCUUCAAUCACCAGAGAAAACCACUGCAAGAGAGGCGACAGUGCAACAGACAACGCACACUUUCGUCUCUGCAUUUCGUCAAUGCUGCUCCUCUCAUCAUCGCCAUCAUUGUGCAAUAAAGCAAAAAAGAUCAACAACACUGACUAUUCACAAAAACAACAACAUAAACUUUAUUUUAUUUUGCACCACACCCUUUGCGCAAGAAAACACAACCCAAGUGAAAAAUAAAAACCACACCGAAGGAGUUACACCACCGCAGAGCAGCAGCUAG